GAAGGUCCAAGGGGUGGUGAUCUUGACAUGGAUGAUGAUGACAUUGAGAAGGGGGAUGACUGGGAGCAUGAAGAGAUUUUCACUGAUGAUGAUGAGGCAGUGGGUAAUGAUCCUGACGAACGUGAAGAUCUUCUGGCGCCUGAAAUUCCUGCUCCUCCAGAAAUAAAGCAGGAUGAUGAGGAUGAAGAAAAUGGAGAAGAGGAAGGAGGAUUGAGCAAUUCUGGUAAAGAGUUGAAGAAAUUGCUCGGCAAGGCUAAUGGUUUGAACGAGUCUGAGGAAGAAGAGGACGAUGAUGAUUCAGAUGAUGAGGAGGAGACAAACUUCAAUCCAGUUACGAAUUCUAAACAGAAGGAAGCGGCCAAAGAAGAACCUGUUGAGAGCACUCCUCCAAAGCCUGCACCACCUUCAUCUUCUCGUGGAACGCCUUCUGCUAAACCAUCAAAGGGAAAGAGAAAACUAAAUGAUGGCGACUCUAAAAAACCUAGCGGCAGCUCUGUUCAAAAGAAAGUGAAGACUGAAAAUGUAAGACACUAA